AUCCGAAUUCCAUUUGUUUAACCCAAACUCCUCCCUUCUUUCCGGCCAAUGUCUACUGCCUCUGCCGCGCCAUCGCCACCGCCACCGCCACCGUCGCAAUAUGUUUCUCCGCCGCCGGUUACCCUUCUCUUGAUAGCCUUCCUCCUCGUGUUCUUCUUCCUGGGCAUUUUCUUCGUGGUAUUCUGCAAGUGUUGCAUACAAACGCUGUGGCAAAACCGGCGUGGCCAGGCCGGAGCUCCGGUGGGUCCGGUGGGCAACGUCGAUUCCCCGGGGAUCGACCCGUCCAUCAUUGAAUCCUUCCCCACGUUCACCUACUCGAGCGUGAAGGAUUACCGGAAGGAACAGUAUGGGUUAGAAUGCGCCAUUUGCUUGGUGGAGUUCGAGGACGCCAGCGUGUUGCGCCUCUUGACCUCCUGCAAUCACGUCUUCCACCAAGAAUGCAUCGAUCUUUGGCUGGAAUCGCACAAGACUUGCCCGGUCUGCCGCCAGGCCCUCGACUCUCCGGCGAAGUCGACUUCGCCUUCCCCGCCUCACUCCGCCCUGGACGGCACCGCCAUGCCCCCGGACAACUUCCAGGACGACACCGAGCUGCCCGGGGACAUGCACAGCAUCACGAUAAAGGACGAUGUGGGUGAAGAAGCAGACAAUAAUAAUAAUUCAGAAACCAGAACCAGCACGGUGGGACCCGGCGCAGCCGGGGACUCAUCCCCAUGUGUCACUAAUAAGCAACGUGAAUCUAUUGUAACGUUUAAUACUAACGAUGGAAACCAUAAUAAUGAUGAUAAUAAGGAAGAAGAGAAAUUCUCGAGGUCUCAUUCAACCGGGCAUUCAAUAGGUAGGAGUAGGGGAGGGGAGGAUAGGUUUACUUUGAGAUUGCCUGAACAUGUGAGGGCAAAGAUUAUUAGGGGUCAUAAUGCAACCAAAAGUUGCACCGCGUUUGGAGAACACAAAAAUAAAACAACAACAACAUCAACAACCACCCCAGAAAAUUUUGGUUUUAGUCAGGUUUGA